AUGUCUCAGACUUACAGAUCCACGCGAAGCGAAUCCGACCAGGCGCUCUCUUUUGAAGACGCGGUGAUGACCGGCUUGGCCAAAGACGGCGGUCUUUUCGUGCCAUCGGCCAUUCCAAAGUUGGAGCCUGACUUUAUCCGCCAGUGGAAAAACUUGACCUUCGAGCAGCUUGCCUUCAACAUCAUGCGCAAGUACAUAGCCCGCAGCGAGAUCCCCGACGCCGAUCUCCGCACCUUGGUGGAAAAAUCGUACUCCACUUUUCGUGCCAGCGAAAUCACGCCAAUCAAAGAGUUGGACGCGGCCAAGCACUUGUACUUGUUGGAGUUGUUCCACGGGCCCACGUACGCGUUCAAAGACGUGGCGUUGCAGUUUGUCGGCAACUUGUUCGAGUACUUUUUGGUGCGGAGCAACGCCAAGAUCGCUGAUCCCGCCCAAAGAAAGAAAAUCACCGUUGUGGGAGCCACUUCGGGCGACACGGGCUCGGCGGCCAUCUACGGCUUGCGCGGCAAGAAAGACGUGUCUGUGUUCAUCUUGUAUCCGACUGGGCGCAUCUCGCCCAUCCAGGAGGAGCAGAUGACCACGGUGGAAGACGCCAAUGUGCACACAUUGUCUGUCAAGGGCACGUUUGACGACUGCCAGGACAUUGUCAAGCAGAUUUUCGGCGACAAGGACUUCAACGAGAAGCACCACGUGGGCGCCGUCAACUCCAUCAACUGGGCGCGGAUCUUGGCCCAGAUGACCUACUACUUCUACUCGUACUUCCAGUUGCUCAAAAAGGUGGAGCAGGCGGGCGGCGACCUGGUCAAGCCCAGAUUCGUCGUGCCCUCGGGCAACUUUGGCGACAUUUUGGCCGGCUACUACGCCAAGAAGAUGGGAUUGCCUGCCGACCGCUUGAUUAUCGCCACGAACGAAAACGACAUUUUGGACCGUUUCUUGAAGUCCGGCAGAUACGAGAAGGACGGCGAGGUCAAGGCCACCUACUCGCCCGCCAUGGACAUCCUUAUCUCGUCCAACUUUGAGCGUUUGUUGUGGUAUUUGGUCAGAGACAACAUGGCCGGAGGCGACGACUCGAAAGCAGGCCACAUUUUGAACGAGUGGAUGCAGCAGCUCAAAACUACCGGCUCUGUAUCUGCUCCUGACGCCGUCACAGCAGCGGCUAGAGCGGACUUUGACUCCGAGAGAGUUGACGAUGCAGAAACUUCAGCCACCAUCCGCAAAAUCUACACUGCACACCCAGAAAAAUACGUUUUGGACCCACAUUCUGCUGUGGGCGUUGCUGCCUCUUUGAGAAACAUCGAGAGAGACUCGUCCGACGCUUCUGUUCAGUAUAUUUCAUUGGCGACCGCACAUCCUGCCAAGUUCUCUGAAGUGGUGAACAAGUCCUUGCUGGAAAUCGACGGCUAUUCUUUCGAAAAGGACGUUCUUCCGGACGAGUUGAAGGCGUUGGCGCUCAAGGAAAAGAGAUUGUUGUUGGUGGACGAGCCAUCUUUGGAAAAGAUCAAGAACGUUAUUGAGGCUGAGUUGGCGAAGGAACCAGAGGCCGUUUAA